AUGUCUGUUUCGGAUCCGUCGCCAGAGUCAUUUAGUGAACAAAGCAAUGGAAAUGAAGAUAUCGAGGAGGGAUUAAAUACUGAAUUUUCAACACCUUUACAAGUUGGACAACCUGAAACUUCAACAAAUCUAUCUCCUAAGGCUGCCUUGGCAUUCUCUAUACUUUGUGAUCUAUUAGAUGAAUGUACAUUAGACGUAAUAUUUGAAGCGCAUAGAGAAGCAAAAUUAUCAUCAUCCUUAUGCCAAAUAUGCAAUACUGAGUGUCGCUCUUUUGUGGUUCAACCGGGGAUGGAUAUUUUCGGGAAUCAUCCUCAACUGAAUAACCCGCCAACAUUUGAAUGUGUAAACUGCCAACGUCCUUAUCCAUCAAAAAGAUAUGCACCACAUCUUGAAAAAUGUAUGGGCCUGGCGGGCAGAAGUUCAAGCCGGAUGCGAUUACCAAAUAAUUCUAGGCUAAGCAGUGAAGGAAAUCCUUCAUCACCGUAUACUCCCGUUUACUCUGAAGACAACGCAAAUCAAAGUGAUUCUGAUGACGAUUUAUAUGUCGAAAAAAAACGCAAGAAAUCAAACGGAAAAUCGAGGGCGUCAUCGCCAGCCAAAUUCUCCAAGCUAAGAAGACAAAAUGUCGGACACAGUCGAAGCUCCGAACUUUGUCUCAUCGAUUGUGGCAAAGUGAUACCAGGAGAAGCUUCAAGAUCACAAAGCCCUGCACCUUCUUCAAAAUCUGACAGCCCGUAUCGUAGUUCAAUUGUAUUAAAUUUGCAUUAUGGAAUAUAUGCACAGAAUUGGUGGGCUCCUAGGAUAGGUGAAAAUGAUAAUACUAGAGCAGUACCUUAUCGGUUUUAUAUGCAUGUAGCUUGCAUAUUAAAUAAUAAUCAAUUUAUUAUUGAAGUUGUUAAACAAGAACAAAAUUUAUUACAACCUGGUUUUAUUUGUACAUCUAAUAAUCAGACUACAAAAAUUACAAAUACACCUUCAGAAAUUGUUCAAAAGUUUUUAGAAAGAAUCGAAUUUAUACCUUAUUUUAUUAAAGUUGAUUCUUUUGUAAUCAUCAUAUCAAAUAUAGGAAUAAAUGCAUCAAAUAAUUUUAAAACCAAUUUUACCUUAUCACUUUUAACUAAACUUGGAAGCAAUAGAUGUUUUGUAUUACAACAGCUUACUGAACAUGGUGUCUCUUUAGAUUUUUAUAUUAAAGAUCAACUAAAAAAACAUUUUGAAGAUGAAACACUCAUAAUGGUUUGA